AUAGUUUAUGAUGCAUAACCAAACCGGUUUUAUAAAAAUAGUUUUCUGUAACGCGAUUCAUUUAUUCUAUAAUAUAAACAAAAACUUGAACACGUUUCUAUAUAAGAUAUGGCGGACGUAUCUGCCAACCAAUCUCCACCGCUGGACAAUGAACUAAAUGUAGAAUGGACAGACACAUUACCGACCAAUAUAAAAGACGAAUUACCAAAGAUUUGUAAAUAUGAAGGAAAUCUUCCUCCUGGAUUGAAACUAUACUCACAACAACCAGUGCUGCUGUACAGAUGGUACCAUAAAAGAAAGGGCGAAGUUCGGACAAUAUACCGAGAUUCUACUGGACCUUACUACGAAGUCGGUCAAACGUUAGAGAUACCAGACGAUUUUGAAGGUUGGUUUGAGCUUGUGCCACCAGAUUUUGGACGUGUGAAAUAUUUUGAAUCUAUUGAAGAGGUCUCCAAGACAAUGCCAAUGAAAUUUUUCACACGAACUAACGUUUCAGGCAUAUGUGUAAAUAACUCUGAUGAUAACGAACAGACAUAUGUUCAACGUAAGAUAGCGGCUGGAACAGUCCUAAAGGUAGAAAGCACUUUCAAAGCAAAAUGGCGGACGUGUGCAGAGAUAGGAGUCCUGAAAAAGAAACAAAAAGAGUGGACAACACGUGAAAUACAAUAUCUCAAAUGCAUCGAUAAUAAAGAACAAGAAAUAUUGAUACCAUUCACGGCAAAAGGAAAAUUUCAUCCAGUUUAUCAAAAAGGGAGUUCGGACAGCAAAUGUGUUUUCAGAAUGAAAGAUAUAUUGACAGAUUUAACUCUGCCUGUGAAGGUUCGGAUUAUCUAUGGAAAACCGCCGGUAGUACCUUGUAUUUUUACUGGUAUGAUGGUUAUAAAGAGACGUAUAACUGAAGAUGUGUUUGUUGGAAGCACUAUAACUUUUAAGAGGCAUGCGCUGUUUGAACUUCCUGUAUCAGAUGAUGUGAAAAUCUGCACGGCUAAAUCAGUAGAACAGUUUAUAGAUAUGAAGUCAUUUAAAGAUGCAAAACAACUUUGCACGAAAUAUUCAGAUUCUUUCAGUUCCCUAAUUAAAUUGUCUCCAAAGUUAGACACGGAUCAUCAAAUGAUCCAACAUAUACCAACAGAAAAAACGAAACAAAGACACGAAAGCUUGAAAACUCUUGAUCUUUUAACAAAUAUAAGCCUUACUGACGAUGAACCAAGAGCACAGUUCAUGGAGAGUUCUAGUGACGACACAGUAUCAGAACAGUCUCUUACGUUGGGAACGCUGGUCGAACUUAAAGAAUUGUCAAAUAGGAGAUCUAUGAUGUGUUAAAUUUUAUUGAGUUGACUGAAUCUUGCCUUUUUAAAUAGUGUGCCAUUUCCGGUGAAAAUAAGGAAGUUUAGCAAUAUUUAAUUAGUGUCAGAAAAUUGUAAUGUCUAGUCAUUUUUUUUUAUUUAAUGUAAAGAGAAUCUUAUAUUCGUGAUAUCAUGUUUUAGUUAUCUAGUAUGUUUGCCAUAUACAAAUUUAUGGAAUACUACAAAUUGCACAUAUAAAGCCAUGUUAUUUUAUGUUGCACAUAUGCGGGUUGUGGUAUAUCUUACCGCGAGAUAAUAUAGUUUGCCACAUCUUAUUCUCUUUUUUAGCUGACUAUGCAGCAUGGGCCUUGAUCAUUAUUGAAGGCUGUACGGGGACCUAUAGCUACAUAUUAUGUAUCAAAAGUCGCACAAUGAUUUCAUGAAAUAUCAAAAGUUGUAAAAUGUCAGCGACAUCUUAAUCAAAGGAAUUUUUUUUUUUAAAUUGCCUUUCCAAUAGAUUAUACAUUAAUGUCAUUAUAUUUGAGAUUGUCUUUCGGCUAUAAAAAUAAGUUCCGUCUAUUCAAUAAAGUCCCGAACACUUUCGUUUGAGAAUUCAAUUAUUUCAUAUGGUUUCGAGUUGUCGGACUUUAACUAUAUUACAACAUUUCGUUCAAUAACUUUUAAAUAUAUGUUUUUGACUGGUGUUAUU